GUUGUCAACUUGUAGCCAGGUGCAUUUCAAAACUGUCAAGUUUGAUAUGUGGUAAAUGAUGUUAAUUCUGCCACGUAAUUUUAAACAUCCAAAAUAAUGGGAAACGCUCCGAGCGUCGAUGUUCCCGGAGGAGGAACGGAGGGCUAUCAUGUAUUAAGGGUACAAGAAAACUCUCCUGGAAGUAGAGCAGGAUUAGAAGCCUUCUUUGACUUUAUUAUUUCAAUAAACGGUACCAGAUUGGACCAAGACAAUGAAACACUGAAACAGAUUUUACGAAAUGGCUUAGGGAAGAACGUGCCAAUGACGGUUUAUAGUAGCAAAACGCAGGCAGUUAGAAGUGUAAAUAUCGAACCUACAGAAGAAUGGGGAGGUCAAGGUUUGCUUGGAGUGAGCAUUCGAUUUUGCUCGUUCGAAGGUGCUAAUGAGAACGUGUGGCACGUGCUGGAAGUUCAUCCUAGUUCUCCUGCUGAGCUGGCAGGUUUAAGAUCGUUUACAGAUUACAUUAUCGGUUCUGAUUCCGUAUUACACGAAAGUGAAGACUUUUUUGCUUUAAUUGAGGCUCAUGAAGCGCGCAGUCUGAAAUUGUACGUGUAUAACAGCGUGGACGAUUCUUGUAGAGAUGUUACAAUUACACCUCACCGAGACUGGGGCGGUGAAGGAAGUUUAGGCUGUGGAAUCGGUUAUGGUUAUCUACACAGAAUUCCAAUUCGAGGAUUACCUGUCAAACCAUCUCAACCGAUAACUCCAAUUUUCUCAAAGAGUGAUACUAGUCCCGCUUUUUCUAAUGUAGGAACUAAUCCUGCUAUCGUUGCCACUGUAAAUCCUCAGCCUGUGGUACCUUUACCUCAAUACUCGGUACCAGCACAAAGUUUUGCCACACCCCCGUAUUCCACUAUGCAAUCCCCAAUUGUGACAAAUUUACCUCCAACAACAGGCACAGUUUUUACUAAUCCGGUAACCAUUUCCAAUUUACCUCCGACAACUGCUGCAGUUUUUACUAAUCCUGUAACUAUUUCAAAUAUACCUCCGACAAUUGGACCAGUUUUUAAUAAUCCUGUAACCGUUUUAAGCGGCGUUCUAAACGAAACUGUGAUGCAAUCAACAUUACCCAACUAUAGCAAUCCAAGCACUUCGUACUCACAGUCAACAUUUCCUCCAACCUCUGUUAAUCCCACAACAUUACCAUUAAAUGCCACGCCGAACGUGAGCACGUAUUUUAGUAUACCGACCACCUACCAAGAUGGACAUACACAUUUACCUACAUCUACACCUUUAAUAUAUGACCCCACAAUCGCUGCACAAUCUGCACAACAAUUACUUUCAAAUUCAAGUGCCCCUAUAAGUUAACAAGUUGGAGGGAUAUACAAAUUACGAUUUAAUCUAUUUUAAAAAGUCCAGUAUUGCAGGUGAGAAUGUGCAAAGUAAUUACAUAAGUACCUACAUGUAUUUGGAUAAAAUCUUUAUUUGUAUCUAUUGUGACUUUUAUGCAAUUUUAGUAUGUAAUUAUCUGUUUUGUUAUACAGUGUUAAAAAUAUGCUUUUAGCCUAAAUAUAUACUAUACAUAUGA